AAAAUUUCAAAAAACAACUGUAGUUAAGGUUAGCUUCCCAAGGCUUCUCCAGCUAUAUAUAUAUAUAUGUAUCCCCUGCUUAAACCCAUCUCACACCAAAACACAAAAGCUCUCAUCUCCUCUAGUUUUCAAUCUUAUUAGAAUUUAGACACACACACACCCCCAACCCCUUUUAUUUGUAACACCCAAACUCAAAUGGGUCAAAACUCAAGCCUCACCAUCGUCGUGGCGACUGUUCUGCUGAUGUCCAUGGUCGGUUCUGCUUACUCAGGCAACUUCUUCAACGAGUUCGACCUCACGUGGGGUGACCACAGGGGUAAAAUCUUCAACGGAGGAAAUAUGUUGUCUUUGUCACUGGACCGGGUUUCCGGGUCAGGUUUCAAAUCCAAGAAAGAGUAUUUGUUCGGUCGGAUCGAUAUGCAGCUCAAACUCGUCGCCGGAAACUCCGCCGGCACCGUCACCGCUUACUACAAGUUGUCGUCACAAGGAGCAACACAUGAUGAGAUAGAUUUUGAGUUUCUUGGGAAUGAGACAGGGAAGCCUUAUGUUCUUCACACCAAUGUCUUUGCUCAAGGGAAAGGAAACAGAGAGCAACAGUUUUAUCUCUGGUUCGAUCCAACCAAGAACUUUCACACUUACUCCAUUGUCUGGAGACCCCAACACAUCAUAUUCUUGGUCGACAAUUUACCCAUUAGAGUGUUCAACAAUGCAGAGAAGCUAGGUGCUCCUUUCCCAAAGAGCCAACCCAUGAGGAUUUACUCGAGCCUGUGGAAUGCAGAUGAUUGGGCCACGAGAGGUGGCUUGGUCAAGACUGACUGGUCUAAGGCUCCUUUCACAGCUUACUACAGAGGAUUCAACGCUGCGGCUUGCACCGUCUCUUCAGGAUGUGACCCUAAAUUCAAGCGUUCUUUUGGUGAUGGUAAAUUGCAGGUAGCGAACGAGCUCAAUGCUUAUGGCAGGAGGAGACUCAGAUGGGUUCAGAAGUACUUCAUGAUCUACAAUUAUUGCUCUGAUCUCAAAAGGUUCCCUCGUGGAUUCCCACCAGAAUGCAAGAAGUCCAGAGUCUGAUGCUUGAUGCAAUUCCCUCCAUGAUUCUAUGUUUGUUUGAUGCAAUUCUUAGAUUGGUUUCUUUUAUCUGUUAUUCCAUUGUACAUUCUCAAGUUCAAAUAAAGCUCUUUCCAGCUA